GUCAUCUGUACUGUCCGCAGUCUCUGGUCAUCCCUGUGCUUUAGUCUCUGGUCAUUCCUGUACUGUGUACCCAGACUGGUCUGGAGAGGUCAUCCCUGUACUGUCCGCAGCUCUGUCAUUCCUCUUACUGUGAAGUAUUUUCCCUGUAAUCCAGAGGUCGGCAGUCGCUCUGGUCAAAACAAAGUUUUGGCUCUGGUCAUCAACUGUACUGUCCGCAGUUUCUGGUCAUCUCCUGUACUGUGUCCGCAGUCUCUGGUCAUCCCUGUACUGUCCCGCCAGUCAUUCCUGGUCAUGUUAAGUGAAUGGUCAUCUGUACUCAUUUGUAAGUCUCUGGUCAUCUCCUGUACUGUGUCCACAGUCUCUAUAAUCCCUGUAAUGUCCGCAGUCUCUGGUCAUCUCCUGUACUGUGUCCGCAGUCUUGGU